UUUGUCUUUGCCUCUCUUGCUUAUUUGGCAUUCCCCACCUUUGUUUAAGCCAACACCAUUGGCCACCUUAGUCUCCCACUGCCUCGAUUAAACUCACUAACAGAAACCUCUAUGAAAUUGAUUUUCUGACAAAGAGAAAGGUUUGCUCUAGUCGGAAAAUAAUAUUACAAGUUAUCAACCAUGUCUGAACUUAAUGAUUCUUCUUCUAUAAAGCUGUUUGGCAAGAUGAUUCCAUUACUGACAUUCAACCAGGAUGAAACUUUAGUCCUUGAUUCUUCUAACGGACAUCUUCUUUCUUCCUCUAAUUCUUUAGGUGCUGUGAAUUCUAAUCACGGGCUUCCACUUCAGGCUCCCAUCGAAGACAAGGAAAAAAAUGAAGAGGAUGACCGUGGUAGUAGAGUCCCUUUAUCUGAAAGAAAACCUUCAUCGCUUGAAAGCUCUAAGAACGAAGAAAAAAGUGAGACAAAUUCACAAGAAAAGGCAUUGAAGAAGCCUGAUAAGAUACUUCCAUGUCCCCGAUGUAAUAGCAAAGAAACCAAGUUUUGCUACUAUAACAAUUACAACGUGAACCAGCCGCGGCAUUUCUGCAAAAACUGUCAAAGAUACUGGACCGACGGAGGAGCCAUGAGAAACGUGCCGGUCGGUGCCGGUCGUCGCAAGACCAAGAGCUCUUCUUCCUCUUUGCAUUACCAUCAUGUUAUGAUCUCCGAAGCUAUCCUUGGAGCUCAAGCAAGUGCUGUUAAUCAAGCAAGUGGUGAUAGUUGUGUUUUCACAUUUGGUUCGGAUUCUUCAGUAUUCAGUCUUCCUCGUUUGCCUCCGUCGACUCUCUACCGUCCUGGCUUUCCAGCAUCCUUCUAUUCAUCACCAACAUAUCGCCCAUCGGUUGUUCCAGUGGCCACCCUAUCGUCAGCUUCCAUCAACCAAUGCGCUCCAAAUACUGAAAGCUCAAGUCCAACUCCAACUUGGCCAGCUCUAGGAAAACAUUCAAGGGACGAAAAGGGAAAGCCCUCAGCAGACAGUAAUAUAUCAGAAAGAAGAGCUUCUUCCAAUUCAAAAGCUUUGAGGAUUGGUGAUGAUACUGAGGAGACUGCAAAAAGCUCUAUGCUGGCGACACUUCGGAUUAAAACCAAGAACACCAAUUCAGGAAUCUUCGAUGGCUUCCAAUCCAAAACCAGUGAUGAUAGAAAUUACAGACUAACAACAUUCUCAAUGCUGCGAGCUAACCCUGCUGCCUUGUCUCGAUCACUCCACUUCCACGAAAACACAUGAAAGAGAAAUGACAAUGUAUAGCAUUUCAUUACUCUGCUAUCUCAGCCAUUGAUAUAUUGAACCCAAAUCAUGCAAAACACUUUGCAGUUGACUCUUCCUUUUUUUCUACUUUCACCAUAAGUGUUAUUACGGUAUAGGUUUUCAUGCGAGACUGUGAUAUGACACAACUUGUAAAUUAAAUCAUAAUCUAAUUCCAAAUUAUGUAUUCCUCA